UGCACCUCCCAUCCCCCCAACCCCCGGUUUCGGCUCCCGGGGAAAGCUCCGGCCAGGCCCACCCGCUGGGAUCUUCGGACGGAGAGUAACAUCGGGAAUGCUUUUCUGUUGGGUCCCCAGCGUGGGCUCCUCAGCCAGAUCCAGCUUCCUAGAGGAGCCAUGUCUCCUGCAGCUUUGGGUGCCACCUGUUGUGCCGGGCGCACGCCGCUGAACAAGAGGAGAUGCCGUUUGGAUUCUCCGUGAAUGUUCGGAGGAGGAAUGCCAGAGCUGCCGGCUGAAAACUAUCCAAACAAAAGAAAUAUGUAGGCUGGGGACCCUGAAUCACUUCCCCCAGGAUGGACUUUCUGGUUCUCUUCUUGUUCUACUUGGCUUUUAUGCUGAUUGGUGUUGUUACGAUCUGCAUCUGCUCGAAAACCCAUUGCUUUAAAGGCCUGGUCAGAAGAGGAGCACAGAUAAUUUCGUAUAUAAUUCCAGAAUGCCUUCGGAGAGCCAUGCUAAGAUUGCUUCAUUACCUCUUCCAUACACGAAACCACACCUUUGUUAUCCUGCAUCUCAUCUUGCAAGGAAUGGUUUAUACUGAAUACACCUGGGAAAUAUUUGGCCUCUGUCAAGAGCUGGAGUUCUCCUUGAAUUACCUUCUUCUGCCUUAUCUGCUGCUGAUUGUAAACCUGUUUUUUUUUGCCCUAAGUUGUGAAACAAACCCUGGUACCAUAACAAAAGCAAAUGAAUUACUCUUUCUUCAAGUUUAUGAAUUUGAUGAAGGGAUGUUCCCAAAGAACGUGAGGUGUUCUACUUGUGAUUUAAGGAAACCAGCGCGAUCCAAGCACUGCAGUGUGUGCAACCGGUGUGUGCACCGCUUUGACCAUCACUGUGUGUGGGUGAACAACUGCAUCGGGGCCUGGAACAUCAGGUACUUCCUCUUCUACCUCUUGACAUUGACGGCCUCGGCUGCCACCAUGGCUGUGGUGAGCACUGUGUUUCUAGUCCAGCUGGUGAUGGUGUCGGACUUGUACCUGGAGACUUACAUCAAUGACUUUGGACACUUGCAGGUGGUUGACACUGUCUUUGUUGUUCAGUACCUGUUCCUGACCUUCCCGAGGAUUGUCUUCCUGUUGGGCUUUGUUGUGGUGCUGAGCUUCCUCCUGGGGAGCUACCUGUGCUUCUGUCUGUACCUGGCCGCUACCAACCAGACCACUAACGAGUGGUACAGAGGUGCCCGAGCCUGGUGCCAGCAUUGCCCCCACGUGGCCUGGCCCCCGUCAGCAGAGCCCCAGGUUUACCGGAACAUUCACUCCCGUGGGCUUUGGAGCAACCUUCGCGAGAUCUUUCUCCCUGCUGUUGCACAUUAUGAGAGAAAGAAGAAAUAAGAAUGGGAAGAGUGUUACUGCCUUUUAAAUAUAGUUAUGUUUAUUUAUA